AUGUCCAAUACAAAAUUUGACGACGUUGGUCUAGAAUUGAAACUGGAGAUACGGGACUUUGAACAAAACGAAGAAGAUAUUAUAUUUUAUAAAGUAUAUGAUAAAACUGGUAACAACCUGUCUGUGAAUUGUACUGGAUGUAGAAAUUCAACAAAUGAAUCUGUUAUGGACUCAACUACACCCACUAUCCCUACAACAACUGUUGUAAAUUCAACCCCAGAAGGUCCUGCACCAACUGAUAGUACAUGUACAAAUCAAUCUAAUGAUGUUGGAAAUGUCUACGUAAUUACAUUGGGUGUAAUUCUAGCAGCUGUAAUAUUACUUACUAUAGUCGGUAUAGCGAUCUACUGUGUUCUCAGUUGGUCGAGAUCAGUUUUAACUUUUAAUUCUAUUUGUAAAUCAGUAGAAAUUCCUUUUGUGGCUGUUCGAUGUUUCAAAAUGGACGAUUAUUUCGACGAUUUAGAUGAACUUGGUGAAAUCAACCGUGUUAUUCCCAACAAUAGACAUCAAGGAUCGCCUGGACCCCUUAACAUGGCUUUCGUCGUCAUCAUCUAG